CUACAGCAGGUAUCGCAAUAAUCCAUUGGCCAAUGAAUUAAAUAGUCUGUUUAAUCCCCAUCCUGCCGACAGGUCAAGAGCAUAUGUCCCCCUUUAAAAGAGCAUGGAAUACCGCAACUAAGGAAGUCCCCAUUCUUCGCCGAACUUCAGGGGCAUCUGCAAAACGGCGAUUCCCUCGAGUACCACCUUGUCUAUCCUACUUGUCAUGGCACCCAGUAGAGGAACACACAUGCCUGAAUGGCAAAAUAGGGGAGAGAGGAUUCUCCACCGCUCGACAUCUGUUUGAUGAUAAAAACGCUUUCCAAGGGUCCACCUAUUUACGAUCAUUUGAAUUUCCGAUAGCGACCUGCGACAUCAGCGAUUUGUCGAAUUCCCUUAUCGGAACCGAUGUGACCCUCCAUGGCUAUCUCGGCCCAAGAUCCGACCUGUCCAAGAAACUCUCUUUUGCUCCCCUAUAUAGCAAAGACCUGAGCAAGAUUUUACAGGUUGUAUCCGUAGCAAAUGUCUCAAAAGACGGGACUGUUGACCCAUCGGCCCCCCACGCGAUUCUCAGGACGAUUACUCCGCAGAGCCCGGUUACCAUCACCGGGAAGUUGAAGGCUAAGAAGCCUAGCAAAAGCGACUCGUUCGACCAACGCAAAUUCCAAUCUCUCGAGUUGGAGCUGCAGAGGAUCCAGGCGCUAGGUCAAUUCCCCAGUGAUGUCCUCAUUGCUGAAGGGACCAGAUUCCCGGCGGAGGAGCGGAACCUGCAACUUCGUUUCGACUUCGACCUGCAGCGUGCACUGCGGUUUCGCGCCGACGUUACCAAACUGUGCCGGGACGAAUUAGGAUCGAACCAACGAUUCCUCGAGGUCGAGACCCCCAUCCUGUUCAAAUCGACACCGGAAGGUGCACGGGAGUUCUUGGUGCCGACACGAGAACGAGGGCUCGCAUACGCGCUCCCGCAAAGCCCGCAGCAAUACAAACAGAUCCUUAUGGCCAGCGGAAUUCCCAAGUACUAUCAGAUCGCGAAAUGUUUCCGGGAUGAGGAUUUACGUGCCGACCGGCAGCCGGAAUUCACCCAGCUGGACCUUGAGAUGAGCUUCGCAACAUCCGCCGAUGUCAUGAACGGCAUUGAAACAUUACUGACGCGGCUGUGGAAAGAGCUCUUGGGCAUGGACAUCCCCGGACCGUUUCUUCGCAUGCCGUACGACGAUGCCAUGGCUCGCUACGGGUCCGACAAGCCCGACAUGCGUUUCGGGAUGGAGAUUUCUCGAUGCGAGCAUGUGAUUCCGGCGGAUCUGGUCGGCAAAAUCAGCCCCUUGACCAUACCGAUCGUCGAUGCCAUGCGGUUCCAAGUCUCGGACAAUCCCAACGAAACGCGCGCCUUCGCCGCGAAAUUCAUGGAUUCCCCGGAGGCGGUGCCGUUUCUACGAAAUCCCGACGGGCAGCCGGGAAUCUUCAUCUACGACACCACCAAACCGUUGCGUGGUCUCCAACCGCUUGGCUUCGAGGCGGCGGAGACAUUGGAGGAUCAGUGGGACUUGGAGAGCGGAGACCUGGUCAUCAUGCAAGCCCGAGCAAACGCACCGUUGUCCGGCGGAUCGACCGCGAUGGGUCGGUUGCGCCUCGCGUUACACGCAGUGGCUGUCACCACGGGGAUGGUGGAGCCUCCUUCCGGAUUCCAGUUCCUGUGGGUCAAGGACUUCCCGCUCCUCUCGAAAUGCGAAGACGGCGAAGUUGGCCAGGGAAGCAUGACCGGGCUGGCAUCGACGCAUCAUCCGUUCACGGCGCCGAAGACGGCGGACGACGUGGCGCUGCUCGACACGGAUCCAUUGCUCGCGAAGGCGGAUCAUUACGAUAUCGUGGUGAAUGGCGUGGAGCUCGGCGGAGGAAGUCGUCGGAUCCACGAUGCGAAGUUCCAGGAAUAUAUGCUGAAGGAUAUCCUGAAGCUUAGCGAGGCACGGCUUGGGGACUUCAAACAUCUGCUGGAUGUCCUGCGUAUGGGGUGUCCACCGCAUGCGGGCAUCGCGUUGGGUCUCGACCGGCUGGUUGCGGUCAUGCUAGGUAGGAAUUCGGUGAGGGAUGUGAUUGCGUUCCCAAAAACCGGGAGUGGUGAAGAUCCCCUUGUCAAGAGUCCGUCGAGGAUGACGGCCGAGCAGCUCAAGACAUACCAUUUAGCGCUCUCAAAAUCAUGAUAGGGAGACUCUUAGACGGCGUAAAACGUGUAAUCCCAGGGCCAUCGGGAACAGGUCGUCUCUCUGCUCGAUUUGUCUGAUACUGUAUAUAUACUUACAAACACC